AUGCAAUGUGUUGAAGAAUCCAUUAAUGUGAAGUUUGAUGAGGAAUCAUACACUGAUGAAAAAGUCACUCAUUCUCCUUCUAUCUUUCAAGAGCUUCUCUUUUGUCCAUUCGAUGAAGCACCUUCUGCAGAAGAUAAGACUGAUUCCUCUGAUCCUAUCAUUCCAGUUCCAUGUUCCUUAAGUCAAGAUACUACAACCACAUCAGCAGAUAACUCAUUAGAUGCUGAUGAAACCCUUGAAGCUGAAGACUUUCUUGAAACUGAUAAUGUGUCAGUAUCUAUCUCUCCAGAAUCAGCAUUAGUCAUUGAACAUCGAGAUCAUCCUGUUGAUCGAAUUAUAGGGAAUAUUCAUGAUGGUGUCCGAACUAGAUCUAGUGUGCUUAAUAACUUUUGCAUGGUCAUUCCUGCUCCAAGAUCUCCUCCUCUUCCCAUUCACAUCAAGGCUACCAAUGUAGUCUUCAACCCCGACAUUCCAGAGGUUCAUCGAGGUCUUGGACUCGAUGAUUUCGUAAAUUUCUUGGCUUCUUGUCGCCUUCGAUAUGCAAUCAGCGAUGUACCAUCCGAGUUCUUCCCAGAACAAGUAUGCGAGUUCUACUACACUGCAACCGUUAAUGAAGAAAACAACGCCAUCACCGGAACCAUUGGCCAUGGAAGACACUCUGUCUUCAUCACCGCAGAACUUCUCAGUGCUGCUUUAAGGUUACCAAUCUUCGAACCCUUCUCUGAACCUCCAUCUAUUGAAAGAUGUAAACGCAUGUUUGAUCAACUGGGCUAUGAUCACUCAAAGGUUGGCACUCGAUCAGCUCUUAUUUUGCGUCAAUGUAUGACCCCAAGCUGGAAGUUUUUCACUGGAGCUCUGUGCAAGUGUGUGGGUCACAAGUCUCGUAGUGGUGACCAACUGAGCAAUUAUGAGCAACAAGUUGUCUGCUCCCUUCUUCUCAACAAAAUACUGGAUUAUGGGGCACUUUUCUUUGAUCAGCUUGUUCAGCUUCUACGAGCAAAUGUACGUGUUGAUCAUGUUCCCUUUCCACGCUGGAUUGCCCUAGUAUUCGACAAGUUUUUCGCUGCUGACUACUUUUCUCACUCUGGGAAUCCAAUCCAAUGUCCUCGAAUGUCAGUUCGUAUGUAUCAGGAUGAUCCUUUAGAUACCGACAUUGGAAUCUCCGAUCGGAUGAGAGAAUGGAUUGCCAAUCCAUACAUUGUGCCUUCUCUCACCGAUGACACUGAUGAAGGAGGUGCUGAUGGUAAUCAUAUGGAUCUUGCUGAUCAAGAGGUGGAACAUCAUGAUGGCGGACAUCUCUCACCUCAACUUUCUCAUCACCUCAUCUCAGACACUGGCAAAUUCUCCUCUGCACCACAGGAUUCCAUGCCUCUGGGGGAGCAACCAUCUCAGGGGGAGCAUCCCUCACAGGGGGAGCAUCAGUCUCAGGGGGAGCAUCCAUCACCAGCAGCUCACCACUUCUCUCCAAGGAUGCAACCUAGCUCUCCAGUUUCCCUAGGUACCGCAAUGGUUCAAAUUCCCGCUUCAGCUUUUUCUGAACUUAUGUCAUUGACUCGGGACAUGAGUCAGCGUCUGCUUCGUAUUGAGGCUGAUGUUCAACAAAUCAAGGAGGUUCUCUUACUUCCUCCUCCCUCUAGCCCCAAAUCUGAUGAUGCUCAAAAAGGGGGAGAUACUAAUGAUGAUGCUGAUGCUGAUGAUCAUGCUGAUGGUGAGCCAAAUGAGAAAGACACAGAACCUGCUGACAACACUAUCUUUCAGCAUGAAUCACCCAACCCCAUUCCUGAAUCUGAUUCUGCGGGGCAUAAUAGUCCAGCAGCUACUGAAAAGCAUGAUGAAGAGCAUGAUGAACCUGAUGAUGAAUGUCAAAUUCUUGACAUGAACUUCAUUGAUCCUCUCAUUCCAGUUCAGCAAGAAAGCUCAGAUGACCUUGAAGAAUCUCAUCCGGUACUAACCGAUUCUAUUGCUGAUCCCAUCAUUCCGGUCCAAGGAGAGGAUUCGGACAUUGCCAGUGAAGAAUCUCAUCCGCUGUCUCGAAAGCGGAAGGUUUGUGAAUAG